AUGACACCAACUCAAACCAUUUCGUUAACAUUAUGUGACAACGAAACAGUCCCCGGUCAAAUAGGACUUUUUCUAUCUCGUUUUCAAAUCGAUCAGUUUACUUGUCUUCGUUCAUUGACAUUACUUGAUAUUGGACCAGACUAUUGGGAAUUUAUUAUGACAAAAUUACAUGACCUAAAAUUAUUACGAUCGUUUUUAUAUAUUACAUCGAAUAAAACCGAUUCGUGGAUUGCUAAGAUGUCAUAUAAAGAAGUCACUCAACUGGAUGCACGGUUGUUUGAUAGCUAUAGUUCAAUGCUGUCGCAGUUGAAUCGACUGAAAUUGUCUCAUGGUGACUUUUUGGAAUCAGUUCAAUUUCCUGAUCUUAUUCACUUGUCGAUUGGAAGAUGCACAACUAGUCUAAUGAAACAUCUAUGCUCUGCUGCACCACGACUCAAAUCGUUGACAAUUGACUUUCGAAAUAAUGAGCCAAAUGCCGAAUUCAUCUUUCCAUUUCGUCAAUUGAAUCGACUCUCUCUAAAAAUUGAAGGCCAAACUGUUUGGAUGAAAAAUAUGGAACAACUAUUAUCAAAUAUUCCUAAUCUUAUCCAUUUAGAAUUAUGUGCAAAUGGUGAAGCUGAUAUAGUCGAUGGCGCACGUUGGCAAAUGUUAACCAGUCGUCUGGUCACAUUUAACUUUCAUUUUUGCAUAUCAAAUAAUCUAGAUUCAAAAGAUCUCGAUUCGUUUCGUAGUUCCUUUUGGCUUGAUCAAAAACAUUGGUAUGUUGCGUGCAUACAUAGAUCUCUAUUUUCUGUACCAUAUUUUGCUGAAAAAUGUGCCAAUGAAGACUUCGAACCAAUUGUUCUGUCGACAUUGCCAGAUAGAACAACUUUUAAUGAUUGUAUUAGUCAACUAACUCUUUCAGAACUUGCUACUGACUUAAAUGAACGUUUCUCUCAAGUUCAAAUGUUGGUUAUGUUUAAUUGCAUUCCGUUAUCAUCUCUUGAACAGCUCGUAGAUCUAAAUAGGAUAAAUCAUUUUACUUUAUGUUCGAUGACAAAUUACUCUGGAAUACAAGUCCUGAUAAAUUCAAUGCCAAAUCUUUGCCGAAUCUCAAUUAGAAGUAAAGUAAAAUAUUUUCUAGAAGAAGUUCAAUGCGUGUCAUUUAACAAGAUUCAAAACCUAGAUGUUGGUAAUCGUUAUUCAAUUAACGAUGAUUAUGAAAACGAAUACAAUAUUGAAAAGUUAAGCGUUGUUUUCCCGUACAUCGAACAUCUACAUAUAGAUCAUUGGUGUUCAGUAACAGAAAUACUUCACAUAAUCAACAAAUUCUACCAAUUGUCCACUAUAUCAUUUCAUUUUGCCAACUGGUUUGUUAAUGAACAAGAUAGAAAUAAUACUAUCAUAGAUGUCCAGUCGAUUCUGGACCAAAAUCGAUGCGCCAAGAAAUCCAAUUUUACAUAUCGAUUUGAUCGAUCAUGUGUACACAUAUGGUUAUAA